AUGAAUCCUAUACCAUUCAUGUCCUUCAAGAGGAAGUACCUCACUAGUGACGAACUUGCACCAGUGACAUCCACUUCCUCUUCACCCACUGCAGUCUCAUCGUCGUCGUUGUCGUCAUCGUCGUCAUCAAUAUCUUCGUCGCCCAUGCACCAUCUACCACUCGCAGCAAACCCAGCUCCGACCUACCCAUUCUUAGACCUACACCCUCCUCCACAAAUGCCCACUGCACUCUCCUCAUUGGCAUCCAUCAUCGCUGGCAUCGGGUCUCCAACAAGUUCUCCAACAACAUCAACAACAUCAACACAACAUCACUCCAGCCAUAGUAGUACAUCAAGGCAACAUCAUACAAGAUCAUCAAAGAGACAGAAUAUAAGUGAUGACCAUCAUCUUCAUCUUAAUCAUGGUAGUGGCGAUCGACAUCACUAUAGUGGCGAUGUCGGACUUAGACAAUGGGCUGCAGCAGGAUUGGCCUACCCCUACCUUGCCUACAACAGUCAAGACCAAAGACGUCACUUUGAACAAAGUCAACGUAUCCGUACAAUCAAACCAAAGUUAAACUACUUUAAAGCACAGGACUUGCGAAUGACAUCGUUGGUGUCUCGUGAGUGGAGUAGGAUCAGCUUUAUAUCAACGACUGAGCUGUAUAUUGACAAUCACAACAGCCCCUCGAGCGAGGAGUUGAUAUCGAAACGAAUCUGCAAGCACAGCGACUACCUCAAAAAGAUAAGAUGUGCAUCCACUCGCUCCUUUGGCUUUGUGUCGAUCGACACGAUCAUUGCACACUGUCAUCAUCUCGUCGACAUUCAGUUCUAUCAGUGUCCGGCCAUACUGGAUGCGCAGGUAGAGUUGGUGUGUGCGCGACUACUACACCUUCGCCGCCUCAUCCUGCACAGCGACCAACUGACGAGCAAGACUAUCGACGCGCUGGCACUGGCCAAGGAACUGCGCGAGCUAGAGCUGGGCGGCUUCUCACGCCUGCACCCCGAGUCAUUCGCAAAGAUUGGCGCAUGCCAAUCUCUCUUGUCGCUGGAUGUCAGUGGCAUCGACCUGGACGUGGACUUUGUGCGACACCUGGCCUCGUGCACAACACUGAGGUCUCUGCGACUGCGCAUCGCAUCGGAGCAGUCAAUCUCACGUCUGCCCUACCUGGCCAACCUCACGACACUGUCGAUCGCCGAGUGGGAGUUGAAUGACGACGCCAACAACGACGACAACAAGACCAACCUUUUAUUCCUCACGAGACUGGACGCGCUGGUCAAGCUGGAGCUGGCCUCGGCCAUCUGUGACCCGCCCAUGGUCAUUGGCGACCUGUCAAGUAUCAUGCACUCUUGUCACACACUUCGCGAGCUCGAUCUGGACAUCUCGUACCACCUGACCGAGGACACGUUUGUCCAGGUGUUCCAGCAGCUGCAGGCGCUCGAGUCGCUGUUCCUGAGCAGCUUCAACCUGAGCGGCAAUAGUUGGCGAGGCUUUUCAUCACUGCCGCGACUCAAGUACCUCUCGAUGUGCUGCAACUUUAUGGACGAACAAUCAAUCAACACGGGACUGGUGCAUCUCGGUCAGUGCAGGCAGUUGGAACGAUUCUCAAUCAUCAACUCGACACAGGCAUGGGUGACAAUCUCUGCGAUCAACUUUCGAUCACUGCUCAAGUGUCGCGACCUCAGUCAACUGAGGCUGGGUGGCAGUAGAGGUGGCGGAUGGAUACUGGACGAAUCGAUCUUUGCCGCCAUUGGCAAUAUGAAGAUGCUGCAACAUCUGGACACGACCAACAGCCGCGGCAUCACCGAGAAGUGCUUUGAGCAUCUGUCGCAGUGCACCUCACUCGAGUCGCUAGAGUGUGGAAUCAAGGUGAGCGAGGAGACUGUUGGCAGUGCUGUGGCAGAGUGGUGCGGCACCGGUACAUUAGUCAAUUGUCCAAUGUUGAAAAAGGUUGUCGUGGAUGUUCGUCUGCCAUCGCUAGUCAAUUCCGAGAUCACAUGCAACACUACACAAUCUACAACAAAUAGUGGAUUCAAUCUUAUUGCAAAGUUGGCGCCUUGA